CCCCGUUGCGUCAAUGGAGCGCUUUCGUUCUACCGGGAACGUGCCGCAGAGACUUACGGAGCUUUCUGGUACUUCAUCGCUUUGACGCUCGUGGAGAUCCCGUACGUAUUCGGCAGCACGCUGCUGUUUGUAGCCAUCUUCUUCCCCAUGAUGGGGUUCACUGGAGUGGGCACGUUCGUGGUCUAUUGGCUCUACUUGUCGCUGCACGCGCUGUGGCACGCCUACUUCGGCCAGCUCAUGGCGUACGCGCUGCCGACGGUGGACGUGGCGACGAUUGUCGGCGUGCUAAUCGUCUGUAUCUUCCUGCUCUUCAGCGGCUUCAACCCUCCGGGAGACGCCAUCCCUCAAGGCUUCAAGUGGAUCUACGACAUGAACCCGCAGAGGUACACGCUGGCAAUCCUCUCGUCCCUUGCGCUCGGGAGCUGCUCGACUGGAGGUUCAGACAUUGGCUGCAAGGUCCUAACCGGUGCACCGCCCACACUCCCCGACAAUAUGACCGUCAAGGCGUACAUCGAAAGCGUGUUCAACAUCAAACACAGCGAGCUCCAGACCAACAUCGCCUUCGUUGUCGGCUUCAUCAUCGUGUACCGUUUGCUCGCGCUGCUAGCACUGCGCUUCAUCAACCAGCAGUCCACGCAUGCGAUCAUUGUUCGCCCUGUUCUCCAUCUCAACAACAGCGAGGUUCACGUAAGUUCUAGGACGUUCAAUACACCGGUGUGUUGCGAUAUUCAGCAUAGCUCGACGAUAUCCCCCACUUGA